AUGGUGAAAAGCGGCGGAGGAACAAAGAGAAAGCUUCCGAUGGAGAAGAUUAGCCAGAAAGAAUCACUCCGAACGUCUUUCACGAAACGAACUUACGGGCUUCACAGCAAAGCCUCACAGCUAUGUCUCCUCUCCGGCGCACAGAUCGCCGUGAUCUCUACGCCUCCUUCGUCCCACUCCAACGUCUCAUUCUACUCCUUCGGUCACUCUUCCGUCGAGGCCAUCGUCUCCGCUUUUCUCACGAGACAGCGUCUCGUUCCUGUUCGCGAGGGGAACACUAGUAGAGAAGACGUUGGUAUCGCCUUGGCUCGCAAGGACAUAGGGCUAGGGUUUUGGUGGAACGACGAGUUUCUCACGAGAUCAGAGAAUCCCGAUGAGAUCGAGGAAGCAAUCGAGUCCAUGUCGAUCCUGUUGAAGAAAUUGCGUUCGAUCAAUGACAACGAAACCCUAACUCUUCAAUCCACUUCUGAAGAUGAUGUUGUUGUGUCAUCAGAUGUCAGCGAAGAGCAAGCUGAGAUUUUUCCGAUUUGUGAGGGCGUUUGUGUUACGGACAAGAACAACAACAGCUCUGUAAGUACUGGAAGCUUCGAUGUGUGCGAUCAAGAGAUUGAUAUUGAUCAAUUUAUUGAUUUCGAGAUGCCUUUUGAUACUUCAGCAUUCGAUGAUAUCCUUUUGGAGACUAACGGCAAGUGUUUUGAUGAAUCCUGA